AUGAGCUUUCUUUCCUGUGAAGAACCUUUCAGGAUCAGCCUAACUUCUGUUGCUCUGUCUUCUUCCCUUCUCACAACCCUGGUGUUAGGCACUUUUGUGAAGCACAAAGAUACUCCCAUUGUCAAAGCCAACAACCGAGCCCUCACCUACGCUCUCCUGGUCUCUCUUCUGCUCUGCUUCCUCUCUUCUUUUCUAUUUAUUGGCAUACCUGGGAAAGUGACCUGUCUUCUCAGGCAACCUGCUUUUGGCAUGAUCUUCUCUGUGGCUAUUUCUUGCAUGUUGGCCAAAACGAUCACUGUAGUUGUAGCUUUCAUGGCCACCAAGCCAGGCUCUAGCAUGAGGAGGUGGGUAGGGCAAAGACUGACCUACUCUGUUGUAGUUUCCUGUUCUUUUAUUCAAUCUAUUGUUUGUACUUUGUGGUUGAUGACAUCUCCCCCAUUCCCCGAUUUAGAUAUGCACUCUGUAACCACAGAAAUCAUUGUGCAAUGUAAUGAAGGGUCCGUAAUCCUGUUUUACUGUGUCCUGGGUUACAUGGGCCUCUUGGCGAUUGCCAGUUUCAUUGUGGCAUUUCUGGCCCGCAGAUUACCUGACAGUUUUAAUGAAGCCAAAUUCAUU